UGUAGCGGUGAACCUGAGGCUGUUGGUCUAUAGAUAUGGCAUGAAGAAAUCUGGUGACGCAGCGAAGUGGAACACAAUGUUCAAUAAGUACAAAGAGACUACUCUGGCUCAGGAGAAGGACAAGCUGCUGUAUGGACUGGCCUCUGUGGAGAGCGUGGAACUCCUUUACAAGCUGCUGGAGGCCACUAAAGAUGAGAGUGUGGUCAGGAGUCAGGAUCUCUUCACUGUGGUGAGAUACGUGUCCCUCAACCCACUGGGGCAGGACAUGGCCUGGGAGUGGACCACGCUCAACUGGGACUACCUGGUCAACAGGUACACCAUCAAUGACAGGAACCUUGGUCGCCUUCUGGGUCGAAUCACCACCAGCUACAACACUGAGCUGCAGCUGUGGAAGAUGGAGCAUUUCUUCGUCAAAACACCGGAUGCUGGUGCCGGGGCGAUGCCCCGGCAGCAGGCGCUGGAGACAGUGAGGAACAACAUCGAGUGGAUCAGUACCAAUGAGGAAGAGAUCAGCGCGUGGCUGCAGAAUAACGCCCUCUAAAGCUGCAUCAGUGUUAAACCCUGCAGGGAUAACUGUACAAACAUAUGGCCUUUACCAUUCACUGCACACAGGGCCAGGCUUGGUUAGGUUAGUGUUCUUUUGAAGGGCCAAAAACAGGGCUGCUGAUCUGAAUUAACAUUGAAAAACCAAAUCCAAACAGAUAUUCACUUUCUAACACAUUGGCGUCUUACACUUAUCUGAUUUCCAACGUUCCAAGUGUCCGUUCCCAAGUACCAUUUGGCUAAUUGCCGAAUCUAAAACUUCCCCUUCACUGCUAUCAUCAAUAUUAAAGCAUUCUCAUUCCAUUGUUCUCCCAUCAUGUGGCCGCCCAGUUUUCUUUUAUUGCAGCCUUUUCCCUCUGUAGUUCUACUAGCUUUGUCCUUUUUGAUUUGUUCCUGAUCUUGUGGUCAUCACACAGAGGAUAAUAAUACAGCCUUUUCUCUGCAGAGUGCAGCCAUGAUCUUCAGACCCACAUAUAAAAUAUGAUGAUGAAUUCUGCCUUAGUACACACCAUACUGCAUUUGUGUGUGUUUGUGUAUUUGUGAGCAGAAAUGGAGAUAAAGAGUU